CGAGGUGGCACUCUCUGAGAGAUAUCACAUGUGAUUCUGGCAUACGCAUUUCUCUGUGGGGCCCUAAUGCUUCCCGUCGCUGCGUAGACAGAGCCAUUGAUGUUAAUCCUGCACGAUCAGGUCGAAUUUCUUGGUCCAAACCCUGAGCAUCGGGUUUGAGAUUCUGGGCAUUUAAUAUUGCUUUCGCAGAUUGCAAUAAAGCCUCCGCAAUUAUUUGUUUUUGAUGUGGAUUUCGGGUGAAGGCUUUAACAGGGUUUAGGCAAUCUGAAGCUUAGGGUUUAUCAAAGUCUUUGAAGUAUUCUUCAUUUUCUGAAGUGUUGGUUUGGGCUCCAGACCUGGUGCAUCUUGCGGAGUGCGUGUGUGGGUUUUUUUGUUCUGAUUGUGUCAUGUGACGAAAUUGUGGAGAGGAAAAGCAUUUGUCAUGGACGUGACUCGGACAGCCAAUCUUAGCUCUUCUACUUUAGUUCAUCCUUGCAAUGAAUUUGCUAGCACUGAGUUUUUCCCUUCGCGGGCUCGGUCGUCAUUCUCUGGACAACAGUAUGUUAGGUCGCUGAAAGCUAUUGGCAGAGGAAGCAGGUUGCCGAGGAUAUCAGACGGUGACAAUUUGUUCUUGGAACGAUCUGGUGCCCUUCAUGUUGCGAGAGCAGUGUUGAAACAGGAUGGACCUUCAGGAGAUGGUCUUUCCUUUUCUAAGCCCAGCUCUGAGAAGAACGGUAGUUCCGCUCAUCCAGAGCAGGCCAAGAGUGCUAAUCCUCCUGACAAUUCUGAAAGCAUAAUCGGGGUGACGACUUCACCCGCAACCACAGCAGGGACGCCAAAUACAAGCGGCAGUCGGGCAGGUCUAUUUCGAACGCCCAUCUCAGGUGGAGUGCAGAGUGCCACAAGUUCACAUGGGUUGCCUCACCCCGCCAUUGCCGUACGCAACCUCAUUGAACAGGCUCGUUUUGCACAUCUGUGCACGAUCAUGUCACGUAUGCAUCAUCGCCGGCGAGGUUACCCCUUCGGUUCACUUGUGGACUUCGCUACGGAUAAUCGUGGACAUCCCAUUUUUUCACUGUCACCAUUAGCAAUCCAUACAAGGAAUCUCCUUGCAGAUCCACGUUGCACUUUGGUGGUUCAGAUUCCAGGAUGGAGUGGACUCGCUAAUGCGAGGGUUACGUUAUUUGGAGAUGUGUAUCCUCUUCCUCCUGAUCAGCAGGCGCUUGCGCAUCAGUAUUACCGUGCAAAGCAUCAACAAGGGGCGUCGCAACAAUGGAGCAACUUUACUUUCUAUCGCAUGGAAAAUAUAAGUGACAUCUAUUUUGUCGGAGGAUUUGGCACCGUGCAAUGGGUUGAUGUCAAGGAAUAUGACUUGGCUCGGCCAGACAUUAUUGCAGUCAACGGGGCUGAAAAAACAUUACAGGAAUUGAAUUUCAGGUUUUCAAAGAAGCUGAUGGAGCUUUUAGCCUCGGAAGCCGAGGUGGAUGAUGCUGCCUUGAUUUCUAUAGACAGCAAAGGUGUUGACAUUCGUGUUCGGCAGGGUGCACAGUUCAAUGUGCGACGCAUUUCAUUUGACGAAAAAGAUCCGGUGAAAAGCUGUGACCACGCGAUCAUGGCUCUGCAGAAGGUGCUGGACAGGGGAGUUCGAUUUCUCCACUGAAGGAUUCAUACCUUAUGGAACGAAUCGGCCGCGCAGAUUUAUGAUUCUCACAAAAAAAGUAAUGCUGCUUCCUGAGGCAACGUUAUGUACAGAGUGGACUGGUCACAUUUCUAAUGUCUUCUUUCCUUGGAAGACACGACAUCAACAAGCACUGUCUACGUUUUGACUUCUUCAGAAGUACCCAUCUUUGAGUUUAAUUUCUAGAUACUGUGGUGAACCUUCAUAUGUUUUUGCUUCACGCACUCCCAUUGCUGAGCUGUUUAUGUAGUAGGGAGGCUCCGAUCCUUCUGAUGGAUGUGAAGCGAAGAAUAUGUGUCAAUCCAAAGAUGUAGCAUCUGAUUUGUCUUACUUAGACAUCACCGGGAAUUUGUACCUGAACAUGAAUCUAGCUGAGAUUCUAGCUGCCCUGAGUGAGACUGCAUUGCGAAGGGGUUCCCAACUAAGUUUUUAUAGCUUUCACCAGGAACUGAACUCUCAUUUGUGUCAAUUUUGUACAAUCCAUGACAUCCACUUCACAUUUAAAGCUAAUGGUCUGAAACACCAA